ACACAUAACUCCCUCCCUCUUAGUCGUGGUGCAAGCAGCCAUGUUGCUGUUAUUGGCUUGUUCCGGUAUCAGGGCAGGAUAGACCGCAUUCGGGGCGCAGCUCCUCGCCUUUCUACCCCCCCUCCUCCUGCCGCCCGUAACACACACACACACCUCCUAAAGAAGAAAGCCCCACUUUGCCCUAUAAUGGAUUCAACAACUUGAUGAUUCCUCCUCCUUCAGUCGGCGCACCGACAGGACGAGCUGCUGCUGCUAUAUCGCCACACUGCAGUGCAGCACUCGGUGAGCGACCUUAUUCCAAUCACGCAACGCGAGAAAGAGAAAUCGCCGGUAAUUUGCGUGGAUUUGUCAGUUUUUUUUCUUUUCUUUUUUUUUUUGCGGGUCGCCCUUUUGGCAGUCAGCGCCACUGCGGUCUGUCGCUGGGUGAUAGAAGCUAACUAGCUAAGCCUUGCCUUGAAAGAGACGUUGAAAUAGCGAUUUUGGCUAACAGUUAGCCAACGCAACAGACUCUUUUCGGAGUUUCUCACCUGCAAUGUCUCUAUUUUGCAAAGUUUUACCUUUCCUGUCUCCUUCCAGGGAUCUUCUGAGUGGAAUAUUUUGACUUUGUCCUGUCAGAGUCGGGAAUAACUUUUGGCCUGAAAGUUUUUGGACCUCGGACCUGAUCUCGAAGCUUAAAAGAAACAUCUGUUGGCACAAGAGGAUCGCUGAAACGCCGUCGAGGAGUAUUGUGGAGUUAGCUUUGGAUGAAAACAAAAUUUUUCAUGAAAAAUUAAGUUGCCUUGUCCCCAUUUAGCUCAACCGUUGCUCAACUUUUUCCUCCCAAGCUAGCACAACACGCUAGCUGUCCCAGAAACCGUACCCAUUCUGCAAACUCCUCUGCUUUCCAUUUAUAAAUGCUUAUUUGGACCUGAAUGCUGUUAAAGCCAAACAGCAAAGCUGAGGGGGGAAACACAAGCUUUUUUCGCACGGUUGUUGCCCGUUGACAAACAUGGGACGCGCAACAGCUACAAGCUAGUCGCUAGCUCGCAGGCUAACUCUCCUAACUAGCCGCUGAUGUGGGAUUCAACUUGUUGAUUCAACGGGGGACAUCUGUUGGAAGUUUCCCUCCACCAUUAGCUACAAGGGGUUUUAAAUGAUCAACAGACGCUGAUCGAUCGGCCUUUCUUAACGGUUUUCUCUCGAAAUGUCAACAAGGCCCUCACAGGGGCAAGUCAUUGAGAUUUCAACAGGACAGGAGCAGAAGUCUUCAACUGGUCGAUACAGCAUGUCGCGAUGUCCGAACUCGGGGUCCACGGCCACGUCAGACGAACAGCCGCACAUCGGCAACUACCGGUUACUGAAAACCAUCGGCAAAGGCAACUUCGCCAAGGUCAAACUGGCACGACACGUCCUCACGUCAAAAGAGGUGGCUGUAAAGAUAAUAGAUAAGACGCAGCUCAACUCUUCCAGUUUGCAAAAGCUGUUUCGGGAGGUGAGGAUCAUGAAGAUGCUGAACCAUCCCAACAUAGUCAAGCUCUUUGAGGUGAUAGAGACGGAGAAGACUUUGUACCUGGUAAUGGAGUACGCCAGCGGAGGAGAGGUCUUUGAUUAUCUGGUGGCCCACGGCAGGAUGAAGGAAAAAGAAGCACGUGCCAAAUUCAGACAGAUUGUGUCAGCAGUGCAGUAUUGUCAUCAGAAAUGUAUAGUACACAGAGACCUCAAGGCAGAAAACCUGCUGCUGGACGCAGAUAUGAACAUCAAGAUAGCAGAUUUUGGCUUCAGUAAUGAGUUUACGUUGGGGAACAAGCUGGACACGUUCUGCGGCUCCCCGCCCUACGCCGCUCCAGAGCUCUUCCAGGGCAAGAAGUACGACGGGCCCGAAGUGGACGUCUGGAGCCUGGGGGUCAUCCUCUACACGCUGGUCAGCGGCUCGCUGCCCUUCGAUGGACAAAACCUCAAGGAGUUGAGAGAGCGUGUGCUGCGUGGUAAAUACAGGAUUCCUUUCUACAUGUCUACCGACUGUGAGAACUUACUGAAGAAGUUCCUGAUCCUAAACCCUUCCAAAAGAGGAAGCCUCGAGCAGAAGAUAAUGAGGGACCGUUGGAUGAAUGUGGGCUACGAAGAGGACGAACUCAAACCCUACAUCGAACCUCUACCAGAUUACAAAGACCCCAGGAGAACAGAGAAAAUGUUGCGGAUGGGAUAUUCCCAAGAAGAGAUCCAGGAUUCUCUGCUGAACCAGAAGUACAAUGAAGUGAUGGCUACGUUCCUGCUUCUGGACUAUAGGAACGCUGAGCUGGAUGAAUUACCCCUCAAAGCAAGGCCAGGAAAUGAUCUAAGCAACAUAAAUGCCCCCUCUCCACCUCACAAGGUACAGCGCAGCGUGUCGUCCAACCCGAAGCCUCAGAACCGCAGAACCACUGACCAGAGCUCCUCCUACUCGAAGAGGGGAGGUCAGUCCGACAACCGCUCUACAACAGAGGAUUCUGGGAGGAAAGGCUCGUCAGGCAGCUCCACCACCAAGGUGGGGGCCAGCCCUCUGGUCUCAUCGGAUCGUAAAAAGAGCGCCACGCCUUCCACUAAUAGCAUCCUCUCCACCGGUACCAGCCGCAGCCGGAACUCUCCGCUGGCUGAGAGAGCCACGCUUGGCACUGGCAUCCAGAACGGCAAGGACAGCCUAAACACUCCGGGCUCCCGAGCCUCCACUGCCUCAGCUGCCGCCGUCCUCUCCUCCACGUCCUCGCGUCCCCGCCACCAAAAGUCCCUGUCCUCCUCCAAUCAUCCAUGCCCCUCUGACCUGCACGCACCUCGGCCCAGUGCCGCACCGCAGCGGCCGCCCGGUGCCUCCCCGUCUGCCCACAACAUCAGCAGCUCGACCGUGUCGGACCGCACCAACUUCCCCAGAGGCGGGGUCAUCCGCAGCACUUUCCACGCGGGCCAGCAGCGCGGCGCCCGCGACCAGCAGGGCUCCGCCUACCCCGGCGGGCCCGCGUCCCCGUCCCUGUCGCACGGCAACAGCCAGGCCCGGCGCGGCCACGGGGCCACGGGGAUCUUCAGCAAGUUCACAUCCAAGUUUGUACGAAAAAAUCUCUCAUUCAGGUUUCCAAGAAGUUCGUAUGAGGGAGAGGGUCGGGAUGAGGGCAGCAGAUCCGUGCUGAGCAGUACUGUAGACAAGUCGGAGAAAACCUCCGGCGGCGUUCUCUCCUCCUCUUCCAACAACGACGAGAACAACUCCUCGCCCGGCUCCGGAAACACCGGUGGCACCGGCACGCCUCCGGCCAACGCCAGCCAGAAGGACGCUGCCAAGCCGCGCUCGCUGCGCUUCACCUGGUCCAUGAAGACCACGUCGUCCAUGGAGCCCACAGAGAUGAUGCGCGAGAUCCGCAAGGUGCUCGACUCCAACAGCUGCGAGUACGAGCUGCGCGAGCGCUACAUGCUGCUGUGCAUGUCGGGCAACCCGGCGCACGACGACUUCGUCCAGUGGGAGAUGGAGGUGUGCAAGCUGCCGCGGCUCUCCCUCAACGGCGUGCGCUUCAAGCGGAUCUCGGGAACGUCCAUGGCCUUCAAGAACAUUGCUUCAAAGAUCGCCAACGAGCUGAAACUGUGAGCGGCGGCAGCGGCGGGCUGAUGCCAGCGGCGGGGAGCGGGAUCACUUUAAAAACAUGAUUGUUGUCUAGACUACAGUCUGAAGCAACGUAGGGCUGCCGGUUCUGAGACCUGCAGACGGAGAAGAUGGCCGCCAUCUUCUGCUGAGACGUUCCACUCUUCUGCAUGUCUGAUUCUUCUCUGUUUUUUCGUUAGGAGGCACUUUGAUCACU